AUGGAGAUGAACUACACGAGCCGGGAGCUCCGGGCCAUUGAGGAUGAGCUCCAUGUUGAAUUGCUUCCGGGCACAGAGGUUAUGGCUGAUGUUGGAACCGUUCACUUUGUCAAGUCUGGCGACAGAACUCACAAGGUCCUUGUUCCUCAGCCUAGCGCGGAUAAGCACGAUCCAUUGAAUUGGUCGUUGAAGUGGAAGCUCAUCACCAUCAUCUCAGCGUCGCUGGUCACAUUUUCCCAGGGCUUUGGUCCGUUGGCCCUCGCUCCUAUGUUCGAAGACUACAUCAAAGAAUUCGAUUGCACACUGGCCCAGGCCGUACAAUUCACUGGUGUGCCUAUCCUCAUCCUCGGCUUCAGCAAUUUUAUUUGGGUCCCGAUUAGCACUUCCUUCGGACGUCGUCCUGUGUAUCUCGCUUCACAACUCAUCUGCUUGGCUUCGUGCAUAUGGAGAGCACGGGCAACGACCUACAACAGCUUCAUGGGUGCUUGCGCAUUGAAUGGCGUAGGUGCCGGGCCUGCUGAGACAAUACAGCCCGCGGUUAUUGCCGAUAUCUUCUUCUUGCACGAUCGUGGCAAAUGGAACACCCUAUAUUGGGUUGUUUAUAUGGGAUCGUUGAUGGUCGGACCUAUCAUCUCGGGUCCCAUGGCAUUGACUGUCGGAUGGAGAAAUUUCUGGUGGCUUAAUGUGGCUUUGCUAGGCUUCUCAUUUCUUCUCGUUGCCUUCGGCUUCCCGGAGACCAAGUGGCACCGCAACCAUCCUGGCGAGAAGUUUGAUUCACCUAUCGAUACCUCGCCACCCAAUGAGAAAAUUGAUCCUGCCACGGAGCAGUCCCCUGAAAAGCCUUCAACGUCGACCCACGAAGCGAUCGGCCAACAGCCUGUCACUGUAGAGUCUGCUGAGCACACGGACCCUUGGCUCGGACGGGGAGGACCGAAAAAGUUACAAUGGGCGUUAUUCCAACCUAACGCACACCCCUUCAAGUCGAUCUUACUUGACGUCUGGAUCCCUUGGAAGAUGAUGGCUUUUCCGAUCGUACAGUUCGCCUCGUUCGUCGUUUCAUGGAGCUGCUCAUCGUUCCUCACAAUCAAUCUCACACAAACACAGGCAUUUGCGCCUCGUGGAUUCACCAGCCUUCAGAUCGGUUUCAUGAACUUCGCCAUUCUGAUUGGAGCCAUGAUCGGCCUCUUCACUGCUGGACCACUCAGCGAUUGGGUAGCUGCUCGCUUGACGAAACGAAAUAACGGUAUUCGAGAACCUGAGAUGCGUCUGCCAGCCAUGAUUCCCUACGUCAUCAUCAUGUAUCUGGGUAACAUUAUCACCUCCGUUGGAUUCCAGAAGAAGUGGCCGUGGGAGGCAACCGUGAUCAUCGGCUGGACUUGUGCUGGAAUCCAAGUUGCGGCUCUACCGUCCAUGGCAAGUACCUACGCAGUCGACAGCUACAAACCCGUCGCCGGCAGUCUAUUCGUUUCAAUCACGGUCAACAAAAACGUUUGGGGCUACGGCUUUUCGAAGUUCAUCACUCCAUGGGCCGAGGAGGCCGGCUUCAUCCCUCCUAUUAUGACCAAUGCGUCGUUAAUUCUGCUCUGGUGCCUCUUCGGCAUCCUGUUCUACUUCAAGGGCAAGACCUUCCGAAAGUGGUCGAAGAACAGCAGUGUGCAUCGCAUGUGA